AUGGCUGGAAAUGCUGCCAUACUAAAUGAUAUACUAGAUUAUCUACGGAAACGAUCCUUUCCACUGUCCACCAAGACGCUACGCAGCGCAAUUGAACAUUUGCCCAGCGUCAAUACUCGCCGACUAAGAACUCAGAAAUAUAUUGUAUAUGCUGUUCUGAUUCCUUUGAAUUUGGCCCUGACACACCUGCUCUCAAACUACAUCCAGAACUUCUGGUGGCUUAUUCCACUGAUUGCGUUGCGGCCCGUGGUUGACUUCGUUGAGAUGGUCUGUAUCCUCAUCUUUGGCCUCGUCCGGUACCUCCGACCGACGCCUCCCAAGACUCCCGAAACACCAGAAAGCCUUGCGUACCUCCUCUGUUGCUACAAUGAGACAUACGCAGAGGUUAUGGUCUCAUUGGAGUCCUUGGCUGCACAAAAGUCGGUGGAAGACCACAAGAAAGUCAUCCUCGUAGUCUGUGAUGGCCGCGUUAGCACCAAAGGCAUGACCAAAACGACUGCUGCCCAUCUGGUUGAAGACAUUAUCGAGCAUCCUACCAGCAUUCGCAUGUCUGACGCCUAUACUUCAUGGGACGGUGCUUCUAUGCAAAUCGAGCUUGUCAAGGGAGAAUUCAGAGGUGUGCCAAUCGUCUGCCUGGUCAAGAACGAAAACCGCGGCAAACGAGACGGAGUCGUUCUCAUGCGGGCUUUCCUCUCCAAAUUCAACCAACGUAAAUCGAAUCCGGAAUUAGCAAUGUUCGGCCCAAAGCUCUUUGCCGAACUCUCUGGUUUCCUCGAAAGCUUGUCGAUCCAAAAUGUCGACUAUGUUGUUGGCAUCGACGCUGAUACUCGGUUUGAUGACAAGUGCGUCUCCAACCUGAUUCAAACUGUGAGGGAAGAUGACAAGAUCGUUGGCGUGACUGGUUUCAUUCGACCCGACCCUACCAACGUGUCAUCGUUUUCACCCGCCUAUCUCUACCAGAAUGCCGAGUACAUGGCCGGCCAAUACCGCCGUCGUCUACGCCAAAGUCUCACAAGUGAGCGGGUAACUUGCCUGCCAGGAUGCUGCCAGCUGCUUCGAGUUGAGGAGUCUACAUGUGGCGACGAUAUCAUGAAGAAAUUCGGAUACUACCCCAAGGAAACCGAUGGCUUGUUCCGAACCAUCCAAUCAAUGAUGAGCGAGGAUCGAGACCACAUAUGUCUAACUGCAAAAGCCUACACUACAGCCCCAACCAACUUGUCCGUCUUCCUAAGCCAACGCCGCCGAUGGACCCUCGGCCCCCUCACAAGCGACUGUCUCCUCUUCUGCCGCAAAAACACCGGCUGGACUGAGCGACUCGCUGCCUUCAGAUCCGUCGUAACCUGGAUCAUUGCUCCCUCCCUCUUCUUCGCCAACUACCGAUCCCAACUCGACGCCCGCAUCCUCCUCGUCCUCAUCUUCAUCGACACCUACCACAAGUUCUGGGACACAAUCGUCAUUCUCAUGUGCGCACAGUCGAUCAAAGAUGCAGUGCAAUUAGUGGUAGGGAUACUACUUUGUCACCGUUUUGGCCCCCUCAUUGGCCAGAUGACGCAAGUGUACACACUGCUCAAGAUGGACGACUUCAGGUGGGGGAAGACGCGGAUUUCCGUAGAUACCACUGCGGCUACGUGA